CAAGACGAAGUUAUGUGUUCUGUAUCAGAGAGGUCGCUGCAAUCGCCAUAAUUGCUCCUUUGCGCAUGGGAGUGCCGAGCUUCGACGAUUCCCUGGCUCGUUUAGUGAUACAGAAGAUUAGAUAUGCAAUAACAAAUGGCAUAUGGGAUUAAUGUCAGAUUAAUUUAUUCAAUGGUAGGACGAUCACAUUAUCUUGUUGAGACUAUUGCAUUUCCAGCAGUAUGGAUAUUUCAUUUAGAUGAGAGAUCUUCAGAAGGCAUUCUACUGAUUGGUUUAUCUUAAAGGCGAUGCUGGUGUUGUUCAUGAAAUUGUAAUUCCUUGGCAAUGUUUUUUAUGCUUCAUUCCUUGAAUCUAUGGAACUACAGUGUUACCUCAGAUCUUUCUUAGGCUUGCAUGGAUUGCCUGCUAAUAUCAUGUUUCGAUCAGAAGCAAGUUCAGCAAAUUUCCAAUCAUUUCAUUAUAAAUUCUACUGCCUGAGUGUAUGGAGCUUAUGCUAUUCCUUUUGGCUGAUACUUCUUGAAAUAUUAUGGCUACAUGGACACUGACAAAAGGGAAUUAUUAGUGGAGAUGAUGUCUGGAGAAAUCGCGUCAGAUAUCUUGUUGAUGGAUUUUUAUUUCUUAAGCAUCUUGGAUAUAUCCCUACCUUUGAGAUUAUAUUUUAUAUCUUACUUCUCUCAUCAAGUUGGGGAUGUGAAAUGUUCUUUAUCCAUUGCUACCUUGAUUUCACUUCAAGGUAGGAGAGACUAUUUAGGCAAUGACUUGAGGGAUAAACUUGAAAGAAGGCAUUUAUCUCCUCGAAGGUACUCACCAGCUCAAGAUGCAAGAGGCCGCCAGAGCAUCCGUGAAUACAGUCCUCCAAGGUCUUUGGAGAACAAAAGUGACAGAAGACAUAGGAGAAAACAGGGUAUUACUGGUCAAAGUGAUACUUCUGGAAAUUUGAAAGCCUCAGAUAGAGUUCAAGAUCAAGCUAAAGAAAGAAAAAUGCUUUCCUCUGGUUCUAGGAAUACACUUGAGGAGCAGCUGAAGAAAGUAGAUUCAGGUAUCAGUGCUCUACAGAACCGAAAAUUCCAGCUAGAGGUCUACCUUGAUGAGAGUAUUCAAGAAGUGGAUAGCCUUAAUUCUAGAAUUCAGGAGCUUGAAGCUCAAUUAUGCGAAGAGGAUGAGGAGUGCAAAAGAAUUACUUCAAGAAUAAGGAAGUUUGUUAGAGUUCACAAUCAUAUGUCACAGUUACAAGAUGAACUGAAGAGAUCUCAAGUCCGACUUCAACGGUUUGGAGAUCAGCUUGUCUCGGAUAUUUCUAAAAUUGGUGCCAAUGAAGAAGAUUUAAGCAUUGAUAUUGUCAGCAAUGGUGAAAAUACUGGUCUUCUUCCAAUUGUCAAACAUAAUGUGGAGCAUAAUGAUGCAUCAUCCCACAGAAAAAGGCUGCAUAUUGAACGAGAUGCUUUGGAAGAUUUAAAACAAGGUAAUAGAUUAAAAGAGGGCCAUUCGGUUGAGACAGGUAGAACUAAGAAGCGAUCUCGGUGGAAUACAUCAGAUCAAUUGAAUGAUGAGUCUCUCAGGGUCCCAGAAAAUGGAACUGAAGUUAUUAGAGCUCUAGAUCCUGAAGGCAGGCACAAGAGAGGAAAUAUGCAGUUGAAGCAACCUAGGAUUGAAGUGCCAUCAACUAGCAUGGCAGCUCAUGUGGCUGAUGAGGACGUUGAUAUUGAACUUUACAACGGAAAUGAUAUCAAUGAAACUGCAAAUACAGAAAAUGAGAAUGGAGUGGCAUACAAGGUGAAGGCUGCACCGCUUAUGCUUCCCCCAGCUUUGAUACCUCGUAGCAAUUAUUCACAGUACGAGGGUAACGACGAGAAUGUUGAUGUGGAUGGCUGAUGAAUAUAGGCAGCAGGGUCACGUGUGGUUUAGUCUAAUCAGUAUUGGCAGUUUCUAACUUUUGGUGGCUCGAACAGUAGAAUUUGAAAAUAGUGGAUAGGAUGCAAUAUUGGAAACAAGAAACGAAAGAUUUGUGGAUCUACUUGAUUAUCUAUUUUCUGUUGGACUUCUUGAUGUGGUUAUAAAUGUAAUUCUUUGUUAUCUAUGAUAUUUUUUGGUUUUCCAGAUCUAA